AUCAAUUUCAGUAAUCCUAACUUUCAUUAAUAUAAUUUUAAUAAUACACUAACAUGACAGCAGAAAAUAGGAGACAAUCUUGUUCAUUAGCUUUUUCCCAGUCAGAUGAUAAUAAAUCCGAUGAACUCGACGAUCUUUCUAUCAUCAACCAAUUCACCCCUUCGUAUAGCUCUGUAACACAGGAUCUGGGGAAAGAUGUGGUGCAACGUGUUAUUGAUGAAGUUCUUUUCGAUCAAGGGGGCGAAUAUCAAGGAUCAUCCACAGAAUGCUCUUCUAACAAGCCGGAGUCAACCCCGUCCACCGGCAGCCCGAGGGAUAUUGGAAAGCGCAUAAAUUAUUGGCAGAACUAUUUGAAAGAGCAUGCAAGGAUUAGUGAAAAACUUGCCGCAGCAACAGGGAAGCAGCCUUGCGAACUCUUACUCAAUAAAACCGAAGAAUAUCGGAAAAUUCAACAGUGUAAAAGAUUAAUGGAUGUGGCUGAAAGAUUGAGCCCAACUCGUUUGAUUUCAAGAGAGCCGGUCAAGCUCAAGGAGGUCCCCUGCGGCCCGGAUAUCUAUUCAAAACUUCCCUUAACUGAACAACAGGCCAAGCCUAACAUUACACUCACAGAGAUGCCUAAAGUUGCUCUACAGGAGCAAGGUAUCGACGAAUGCGAACCCACAAGGAAGAGUUGGCUCCGCUCGGAAUAUCUAGGAGAUGAGUUGGUGGCCACAAAAGAUAAUUUGGGCCGCGUUAUCGAUCACUACCCGGAUAUGGAAAACCUGCAAAUUGUUGGCACUAAGAUCGUACCUACAGGACCAAAAAUACAAGUGUUGACCGAAGAAGGAGAAGCGGUCAGAAAGGUGGAAUUUCUAGUUACAGACGCUUGGUACCGUGACAAAGAGCCUUCAUUAGAGUACGUGUUAUCGAUCAACGGCAGGGAGUUCGAUGCAGAGAAAAAAACCCAAGGAAAUGUGAAUUUCUGGCGAAUAUUUGAAGCGCAGCCUUGUCAACAGGAAAUACAAACACUGACAAUUCGCAAUAGAGGUUGGAAGGCUGUCGACAUCGGGUGGAGUCGAGUAAAACCUAGACGGGUCAGAAUCCUGGCACACAAUGCGCAUAUCUACCCAGCGUUUUACUUCAAUAAGAACAUGCUGAGAAUUCAACCAGGAACUGUGGUGACGGUGGAAUUUGUUUUCUGUUGCCGGGAGUUUGGCAUUUAUGAAGAAUGUUGGGAAAUGAAACUGGUACCAAAAUUUCUUGCGGGCAAAUCGAUAAUGACGGUAUCCCUAUUCGGACACUGCCAACAGGACGAACUGGAUGUUACUAAGUUCUAUGAAAUUGAACAUGCGCUAGCGGAACGGGCAGCCGCGCAAAUUACAAAGGAAAUCCUUUAUGAUGUGGCCACACGUGUAACAAAAGACCCUCCUCCGGAGAGUCCUUAUCACUUAAACUUUUCUGAAAGUGAACUCUUCACAUUAAUCAACCCGAAUUUGCAUUACAAUGAGGAUAUCGUUGAACAGCUGAAGGACAUGUAUACAGAACUGAUACAGGAAGAUUACACCAAAACUUGCAAAACGUGGCGUUUCGACAUAAAAGAAUUGAAAAGCAUGAUUUUGGAUAUUCCUGACGAUAUCAAAAGAAAAGAACUGUAUGUUAAAUUCAAUAAGUUGAUAAAAGAUAUGAGGAUGAAUCCAUCAGUCUUCCGUCCAGAUUACAAAGAGCAAAAAUUCUUACUAGUUAAGAACGUACUGCUUGGACUAGCAGACAGCAUUGAGGGAUCGGCUGAUAAGUUGGCAGAUACUAUUCUCGCAACUGAUUACGAUUUGAAGUUUGAUGAGGUCCUUGUGAAAGCUGACAAGUUGCACAAUCAUAUUCCUGUAAGUAGUGAAGAGUGGAGCGACGAUAAUGAAACUGGUGCUAAGUUGGUAUGUGUCGUCAAAGCGGAUUUGAUUCGGAAGAAAAAGCAAGAAGCUUUCCAAGAGUCCUUAUACGUUCAGGCGUAUGGACACCUCUGCACUGCUGCUGACCAAAUUGUGAGCAUUGUAGAAGGGAUGAAAAAUUUAGAAUAG